GUCACUUCCAUCAAAAGGUAGAAGAUUUGUGCAUUUGUGUUGAAAACGUUGAUUUUCUGUGAAUUCAUUGAAUAAUUCCUUAUUUAAAAACAUUUACACAUUGUAAUUCAUAUUUAAAAACGUUAAAAUGAGUAUGAAUAGCAAUAAUGACAAAUUGGAUUGGAUGUAUAAGGGAGCACACAGUCAAGUGGACAGAGAGGAAUAUUUACUCGGUAAAUCUGUGGAUAAAACGUUUGAACAAUUAACCAACGAAGAAAAAGAAAAGAAAUUAGGCCUAGUGCCUCCCAAAAACCACGUAGAACAUGAAUGUAUUCCACCUUCAAUAAGAGAUUACAAUAAAAUUGUCCACGAAGAGCAGGUUGACCUUUCUGCAAAACUUCAAGAAGAUCCUUUGGUGGCCAUUAAGAGGCAAGAGGAAGAGGCCAGAAGGCAGUUCCUUCAAAAUCCAAUCCAGUUGAAAAAAUUGCAAGAAGCAAUGAAAAGUCAAGAAAAUAAAAAGAAAAGCAAGAAGCAAAAGAAGAAAAAGCACGAUUCAGAAGAUGAAUUAGACAGGCAGUUAGCAGAAAAAUUAAAAAAACUGAAGGGAAAGUCUGCGUCCAAAAAUCUUUUGAAGAACAAUAAAAAAGAAGAAGAAGAUAAUAUAGAUAUUAUUUUAAUGCAUAAAUUUAAUCAGUUGAAAGAUAAGUUAUCUCAGGAGGAUCUCAAUGAUAUUUUAGCAGGUAAAAGUAGCGACAGCGAAGAAGAAAACGUCAAGAAGAGCUCCAAGAAGCAUAAACAAUCAAGUAGCAGCAGUAACGAAUCCGAAGAUGAGAAAUUUAAUGAUAAAAAGUCGCGCAAAAGAAAUAGUUCAAAAGAAUAUAAUCGAAAAAAAGACAAUCAAGAUUAUAACGAACGGAGAAAGGAUAACUAUUAUGAAGCAAAAAGGACAAGGCGAAGUGUAUCAAGAGAACGCGGGAGAAAAAGAGACGGCUCCAAUAGUAGUGAUGAUAAUAGGGGUAGAUAUGAUUCAAAAAUACAAUCAAAUAGCCACAAAAAGUAUGAUAGGCAUAGAAACAUUUAUAGUCGAUCGAAUAAAAGAAGAGAUAGUUCUGCUAGUAGUAAUGAUUCAGAAACCAGAAGGAAGGAGUCUAGGAAUAAAAAAUACGAAAGUAGAAGGAAUGAGAAAUAUAGGGCAAAUGACUAUAAUAGUAAACGAAGAAACUACAACAGAAGUAGCAGUGAGGAAGAAAAGGAAAUACCGAAAUCUAACAAAAAGGAUGAAGAUUUGGAUAACUUAAUUCUAGAAAAGCUAAGAAAACUGAGGGAUUCAAAUAAACCACAAGAGACUGAAACCAACAUUACUAAUGUCCAGCAAUCCUCCUAUUAUGACAGCGAUAAUGACGAAUACGUCGUUAAAAAGGAAUCCUUCGGUUUAGUAAGAACCGAUGGCACAAAAAUAUCCUUAAAAAAACCGACUUCUCCGCCUAGAGUCAUAAAACCCAAAAUCCCGGAGCCAUCGAAACCCGUAAAUGUAGCAAAAAAAUCUACCAAAAAACUGAGCGAAAAAGAAAAGGAAGAAUUAAGAAUGCAAAUGAUGUCGGACGCCGUGGAAAGAGACAAAGAACGAAGCGAUAAUUUGAAGAAGCAUCGGCUGGACAAUAAACAGACGGAGGCCAAAAUUGAAGAGUUUGAUUCGAACUUUGUUCACAGGGAGCUCACCAAGAGCCAGAAUAACAUUAAAGACGUCGCAACAAAGAUCAGAUCGAACUUGAAUAAUAUACAGAGAUCGACUCGACAUAUGAAUUCCAAUUUUUCAAAGAGAUAAUUCUAUUUAUGUAAUCUAAUUAAUAUUUAUCAAUAAAGUGUACUUUGUAAUAUUGGGGUUCAAAUUCAUUUGAA